UUGUCUGAUUCUUUUUCCAUUUCGUUAAUUCCCAGGUUGGCUGCCAACAAUCUUUUUUUCUUUUUCUUCUUUUUUUAUAAAAUUUUUAGUGAGGAACACAGAAUUCUGAUUGUUGCGGGAAGGAUUGCAAGUUGCAACCACUUCAAAUUUUUGAAACACAAUUUCUGAGAAAGUGAAACGAAGGUAUCUUUACGCUGCUCGUCUCUUACAGUGAAAAUGUAGGCAUUAAAGAGUGGAAACAACCCGAGAAUCGCUCAGGGAGUUGGAGUCACUUUUACAAAAUUUGCCUAAAUUGCAACACUGUGAUCUGGGUUUUACAAACAAAAGAAAUGCAAGUUCAAAGGCUUUCACUUCCAAGUUACACCCUCACUCCACCCAAUGUCUCACCAUCACAGCAACUCUCCUCCAAGAUUUUGAGGUUGAAUCCGAAUUCCAAAUCUGGGUUUUGUAAUUCGCUCAAAAUGGUGUUCAAAUCACCAACUGGUUUGAGAAGCCAUGGUGGUUCGGUGGUGGUCAGGUGUGGAGUGGCACAGCAAGAAGAUACUGAUGACGGCUUCUAUAUGAGGAGAUGUGUGGAGCUUGCAAGAAAGGCUAUCGGGUGUACCAGCCCAAAUCCUAUGGUGGGUUGUGUUAUUGUCAAGGAUGGCAAGGUUGUUGGUGAAGGCUUUCACCCUAAAGCUGGCCAGCCACAUGCUGAAGUUUUUGCUCUGAGGGAUGCCGGGGAUUUGGCUGAGAAUGCAACAGCAUAUGUGAGCUUGGAACCAUGUAAUCACUAUGGGAGAACUCCACCAUGCAGUGAAGCCCUAAUUAAAGCCAAAGUGAAAAGGGUGGUGGUCGGAAUGGUGGAUCCAAAUCCAAUCGUAGCAUCAAAGGGGUUGGAUAGAUUAAGAGAUGCGGGAAUUGAAGUUACUACGGGUGUAGAAGAAGAAUCAUGCAAGAGGUUAAACGAAGCUUAUAUCCAUCGUAUGCUAACAGGGAAUCCUUUUGUCACUAUGAGCAGAUACUCUAUAUCAGUCAACGGACACUUUCUAGAUCAGCUUGGAGAAGGAGUUGCCAAGUCUGGUGGUUACUACUCACAAUUGUUACAGGAAUAUGAUGCAAUUAUUCUUUCUUCUUCCUCAAUAAUUGAGAACGCCUCUAUUCCAGUAUCCCAAGAAGCUGGAGCCAAUCAACCACUCCAGAUUAUAAUAGCUAGGAAUAGUAGUUCUCCAAUCCAAAUCCCUGCUCUGACCAUGGAACCAAUUGGUAAGCUAAUAAUCUUUUCAGACAAAGAGACAACAGUAGAACUAGAAAGAGCUCACACAGGUAUUGAAACGGUGGUGUUGGAUCAGAUAAAUUUAGAAGCUAUUUUGGAAUUUUGUAACUCUCAAGGAUUGUGUAGUGUUUUGUUGGAUUUAAAAGGAAAUAUAGGCGAUAUCGAAGAGCUUCUCCAAGACGGUAUUGAGAAGAAUUUGUUGCAAAAAAUCGUUAUAGAAGUAUUGCCCCUGUGGGAAGCAAAUGAUGGUGGGAACUUUCCUAUUGCAUUGAAGAGUCUAAGAAAAAGACUAGAAGUGAAGAAUUUGAAGCCUAAGGUUUCAAGUGAGAAUGUUGUGCUUGAGGGAUAUCUGUAAUUUAAGUGACUAGAAACAGAAAAUGAGAUUUGACAUCAUCAUUUACAUGUGAUGCUGGAAAGAGAUGGCAGGAUUCUUAGGGAAGAGGGGAUGGAGACUUUGGAGGAUAAAGUUCAUUUUUGGUCUUCCUUACGGGUUUCAGUUUCUAUACAAUUUAGAGAAUUACUAUUGUUUGUUUUUGUUUUGUUCUCCCCUGCAUGUUGGGGUUCGCCAUAACCUAGAAUGAAGGAUGGUUAUUGUAUUGCAGUUUACAUGCUUUAA